AUGGAGACUACUCUAGUACUGAGAGCUAUGGAGACAGAGCUAUGUGUUAGGCUGUGUUAUUUGCCUGACGAUUUGCUCGUGCGGAUCUUGCACUUUGUCCCGACAAAAGACGCAGUCGCCACUUCAAUCUUGUCUAAACGAUGGCGUCCGGUCUGGACGAUGUUGCCUGGACUCGUCUUCAAAGACGAAGGCAGCGAGAGCCUUGGAAGGUUUAUGGAGAAGUCAUUGCAACUCCAUAAGGCACCAAAACUAUUGAGGUUGAUUGCAGAACUCGGUCCAAGCUGUUCCGGUGACGUAGAUGUGGGGAAGUUGGUUGAGAACGCUGUUAAUCGCGGUGUGAGAGUGUUAGACUUCAACCUCCUCUGGAACGCAGAUCCCACAAGCUUUCCGAAGAGCCUUUACACAUGCAACACGCUCGUUGAUUUAACUCUUUCAAACAAGAUUCUCGUGGAUGUUUCUUCCUGGGCUCGUCUACCAUCUCUCUUAUACCUGGAACUUAAUGACGUGGUGUACAAAGAAGAAGACUCUCUUGUCCAGCUUUUGUCAAGUUCCCCUGUUCUUAAGGGGCUGAGUGUGGAACGAAGUGAGGAUGACAACUUGAAAAACUUUGCCGUGAAAGUGCCUUCCUUAGAAAGAUUACGUUAUUUGCGCACGAGUGAGGUAAAGGAUGAUGAGGUAGAGGAUGAUGAUGAUCUCAAUGGAUCGUUGGUAAUAGAUUCCCCUGCGCUAACAGAGUUGUGUUUACUCGACUAUUGGGGAGGCUAUUUCUUGAUAGAGAAUAUGCCUUGCCUUGAGGUGGCAGACAUCACCUUGGUUGAUAAUCCCAGCUGUGACAAGUUUCUGACAUCUCUUUCAUCUGUCAUACAUCUGUGCUUAUCUUUGACCCAAUCAAUGGUUCCAUGCUGUAACAUAGUUAAGUUCUCUCGGCUCAUAGAGUUUUACUUUUGUCCAGAAACUUCAGUAGAUUGGUUAGAACCACUUAUGUUUUUGCUUCAGUCUUCUCCUAAACUAAAAUCUCUUACGAUCGACACGAACACCAGGGUUUUCCCAUCAUCCUGGAAUCAGCCGAGUUCUAUUCCGGGAUGCUUGUCGUCUCAGCUAGAGAUAUUUGGGUGGAGAGGCUAUGGAGGUAGAGAAGAUGAGAAACAACUAGUGACAUACAUUCUCGCUAACUCAAAGUGUUUAAAGACGGUGGAGAUCUCCUUCAUAAAAGCAUGA